GAAGGACUCCUCAGAACUUAGAACACACAUAGAUCAUAUCAAUCACCUAUUACCGAUACCAUAAAAGCACUCCUAGGAGCGCAUAGAGGAAUGUCCCAAGAUGAACCGCAGAACAACACGGGUGAUGAACCAACCCGCAGAUCUAGACCCUCGGAUAGAUUUCUUAGCUGGAACUGUAGCAGGAGCUGCCGGACUCUUAGCCGGCCAACCACUAGAUACAGUAAAAGUACGGUUCCAAUCUCCCCAGUAUAAAGGUCGAUAUCCGUCAACAUGGAGCGCUAUCCGCGCUAUCGUCAAGGAAGAAUCGCCAAGAGGAUUGUUUAAAGGGGUGACAUCGCCUAUGGCUGGGAUCGCAUUCAUCAACGGCGUAAUAUUCACGUCCUACGGGUUCUUCAUGCGGUUACCCCUGCCUUUACCUGGGUUAGGCCCGCCGGCAUCAGCAAACGGUACAUCAAAUGGAGGGGAGGGUGAACCGAGUUUGCUCAGGAUUGGGUUGGCGGGGGCUGGGAGCGGGUUUGUGGCAUCCUUCUUAUCGGCCCCUACAGAACUGAUCAAGAUCCGGCAACAAUCCGCACCUACAAACGUCUCCCCUACAACGGUAGGCGUACUGCGCUCGAUCGUACGGACAGAAGGGUUGAGGGGGUUGUAUCGCGGAUGGGGAGCGACGGCAGGGAGAGAGUUGGCUUAUGGGCCUUAUUUCAUCACGUAUGAAGGUCUUUGCCGUUACUUUCGAUCACGCAAGAAACCCGACUAUGCCUCAUCAAACACGCCGAAUACUCCAUACGCUUCCCAUUUUACCGACCCACACGCGCACGGCCACCCACACUCUCGAUCCUCCUCCCUUUCAGAACCACCACUAAUGGCUUAUACGACAGACGUAGCUACAGCCCAUAAACAUGCACAUGGACACGGGCACGGUGGCGGGCACGACAACCUGAUCCGAGAAGCCGAGGCGGAGAUGAACGAGCUGAGUUGGGGCGAGUUGAUGUUAGCGGGUGGGUUGGCGGGGAUGGUCUCAUGGACGGCCACCUUCCCGUUGGAUGUCCUCAAGACCCGUAUCCAAUCCGUACAACCUGAUUCCACGGGCAAAGUCCCCGGUCGGAUAUCGAUCAUCACCGCCGCCAAGAGCGCUGUAAGAGCCGAUGGGAUCCGGGUGUUUUGGAGCGGAUUAGCACCGACGCUCAUCAGGGCCUUCCCAGCGAACUGCGUGGUGUUCCUGACGUUUGAAGCGAUCGUCGCUGCGUGUCGAUGAACAGAGUCGGGACACCCGAGGAACAGCAAACCAGCAUAAAGGCUUUCAUCAUCAUCCCAAAUCCCGUCGAUCAUUAUAGUGCGACACGGAGUACGACACUGCA